AUGUCUUCCGAUUCCACUGAUGAUGAAUCUGAACGUUCGUCAGCUCCGAACUUUCCUGAAUAUGAGAUAUGUAUGAGCGAGAAAUUAGACGGUAUUUUGCCAUCGCAUGUCGUCAACAUUGAAACAAAUAUGGCUAUACGCUGUUUGUGUUAUUUUUCAUCCUUGAAAAGUUUCUUGUACAGUUACAGGAGCGAUGCACUAGGACUUAUAAGUGAAGAUUUUAAAUCUGAUGUGAAGAAAUUCAUGGAUAUAAAAUUUGAAAAGAACUCGAAAAAUUGUUUGUUGGCUUUUAACCCAGAUACAAAAUGGGCCGUAUCUUGGGACGGUUCUUUAAUCGCUGCAAGUGCAACACUCAAUCAUCGUCACAGAUAUAAUAUUAUCAAUUUUGUUUUGAUUAUUUUUGCCAUCCCAGAUAUUGAGGUCGGCAAGUUACCUAAACCGGUAUAUUGCAUAAACUGUUUUCAUGCUCACACUUCUCAAAUUAAGUUCUUCCCAGAUGGAAAGAGAAUUGCCGUCACUAUUCUUUUGAAUCCUGGUUUUCCCCAUGACUUGGAUCGUUUUUGGUGCCGUGUUUAUAAACUGCCAGACGGUUUGUGGAACUUAGAAGAAUCUAUAAAAGACGGACCCGACCAAUGGAUUGAUCUUAAAGUUGAAAUUAAUGGAGUUGAUUGCAUUCAAAUAGGUUGCCCUAUUCUUAAUGCGGAUCUUGAGGCAAAUGAGCGUGACGAGCAAGUGUCAAAAGAAAGACGUGAAAGUGGGAAUGAAAGUGGUGUUGAAGAUUAUUUAGAUUUGCGGGCGCAGUAUCGUGCUGAUGGCUUUAAUUGCUUGGCUCUGUCUCCUGAUGGCAGCCGUCUUUUGGCAGGAAGCACUGAUGGUGAACUGUUCUAUUUUGAUGCGGACAGUUUAAAACUACUACAACGCGUUCGUGUUUACGAUUAUUAUACAGCAGUUAAAAAAUGCUGCUACAAUCCUGCAUUUGGCCGUUGGGAAUUUGCAAUAUGUGAUCGUUACGGGCUGUUUUGUGUGUGGCGCGUUUUAAAUCUUUCUGACAAUUCUGAAAAUUUCCAAUUAGCCCACCGAAAAAGGUUGGCUGUUCACCCAAAACAUCACAAUUACUUUGCUUUGCUUAAUGAUAUCAGUUAUUCUCCUGACGGAAAACGUAUUGCUGUUACCAUAGCUUGUCCGAUUGAUUACAUUGUUAAGACAUUCAUUAUUGGCUCACGUUCUGGUGAAAUUUGUUAUACGUUGGAUUGCGUUGAUGAACCUGAUCGACAGUGUCCGAACGUUGAAUGUCUGACCUCGUUCUUUGAAUUCAGGAAUGGUAAUGUAUUAUGUUGCAACAAAAGGAAACAUCCCUUUCGAACUACACUACAUAGACAAAUCAACACGUUGAAUGGAAAACCUGUAGGCUUGAACGACAUCAAAAAUGAGGCAUUGAAGGAGCUUUUGUCGUGGAUUUCAAAUCUACGACCCUUAGAUGGACCAUAUGCCAAAGAGACGAUGAAACAACCGUUUCUUAUGUCGAAUGAUGAGAAGUUUAAAAUGUUUUGUAAAGUAGAUUGGAAAAGUCAAAUGGAUAGUGAUAUAUAUGAUUAUUUGGUAAAUGAAAAGGUUUAUAGUUAUAAGCCUUCAUGGACAGAAUGCUUGAGGCUUACUCGAAAUAUUGGCCAACAUUGGUACGAUCAACCACGGCCAAGGCGACAACCAGAACCAUUUUAUAAGAUUGGUGAUCACAAGGCGUAUUUCCUCAAAACAUUCCACAAUCUCCCUGUUCGGGUGAAUGCUGCUGUCAGAUCAAAUGACGAAAUAAAAACAUUCCCAAACUCAAGAGCUUCUUCAAUUUCAGUGAAAGAAAGCCAAAUCAAUAAACAGUUUUUAACUGCAAAAACAGUCACAUUAAAACUUAAGCAGGCAAAAGAACAGAACUGUAAAACAAACGAACUUAGAGCUAUAGAACGACAGAAUUUGGACUUGUACUACUGUAGAGUGUGA